AUGAUGCAAGCUAAGAAACACACUAAGACCCACUCUACUUAUGCCUUUGAGAGCAACACAAACAGCGUGGCGGCGUCCCAGAUGAGGAAUGCUCUGAACAAGCUGGCGGAUUCGGUUAAAGACGAAGACACGCGCAGCAAGUUCGAAGGGGAGCUCGAUUCGUUCUUCUCCUUAUUCAGAAGGUAUUUGGUUGAGAAGGCUUCCGGGAGCACUUUGGAGUGGGACAAAAUCAAGUCCCCUAACCCCGAAGAGGUUGUUGACUUUUCCGUCAUUGAGCAGCAGCCGGAGAAUGUGUCCAACUUGUCCAAGUUGGCAGUUCUGAAGCUGAACGGUGGGCUGGGCACAUCCAUGGGCUGCGUGGGCCCUAAGUCUGUUAUUGAGGUUCGCGAUGGCAACACGUUUUUGGAUUUGUCGGUGCGCCAGAUCGAGUACCUGAACAGGCAGUACGACAGCGACGUUCCUUUGCUGCUGAUGAACUCUUUCAACACAGACGCCGAUACUGCUCAUCUAAUUAAGAAGUACUCUGCGAACAGGAUCAGAAUUAGAUCUUUCAACCAGUCGAAAUUCCCACGUGUUUACAAGGACUCAAUGUUGCCUGUGCCUUCUUCGUACAAUGACGAACUUGACUCCUGGUACCCACCAGGUCACGGUGAUCUUUUCGAGUCACUGCAUGCUUCGGGCGAACUCGACGCAUUGAUUGCUCAGGGCAGAGAGAUUCUAUUCGUCUCAAACGGUGACAACUUGGGCGCAACUGUCGAUUUGAAGAUUCUGAAUCACAUGAUCGAGACAGGCGCUGAAUACAUAAUGGAGUUGACCGACAAGACUAGGGCUGACGUUAAGGGAGGUACUCUCAUCUCCUAUGACGGACAAGUGCGCCUUUUGGAAGUGGCUCAGGUCCCAAAAGAGCACGUCGAUGAAUUUAAAAACAUUCGCAAGUUCAAGAACUUCAACACCAACAACUUAUGGAUCAACUUGAAGGCUGUUAAGAAACUUGUCGAGUCGAGCAGUUUGGAAAUGGAAAUUAUUCCAAACCAAAAAACCAUCAACAGAGGAGGGCACGAGAUCAAUGUUCUUCAGCUGGAAACGGCUUGCGGUGCUGCAAUCAGACAUUUCCAGGGCGCCCACGGUGUGGUCGUGCCUAGAUCUAGAUUCUUGCCAGUCAAGACCUGCUCUGACUUGCUGUUGGUUAAAUCCGACCUGUUUUGUCUUGAACACGGGGCUCUAAAGCUCGAUCCCUCGAGAUUCGGACCUAAUCCUUUAAUCAAGUUGGGAUCUCACUUCAAGAAGGUUUCUGGAUUCCACGCUAGAAUUCCUCACAUCCCCAAGAUUGUGGAACUUGACCACCUAACCAUAACCGGUAACGUCUUCCUGGGUAAGGGCGUUACACUCAAGGGAACCGUUAUCAUUGUCUGUUCGGAAGGCCAAAGAAUCGACAUUCCCAACGGGUCAGUUCUGGAGAAUGUGGUAAUCACUGGAAACCUGCAGAUCCUAGAGCACUGA